CGCGUUUGACAUACUCAGAUUGUCCCUCUCUUCGUGCAGUAUAAACUACGGACCCCCACCCAUGCUUCUUUUUCACAACAAACAUUCUGAAAAUGAAAUAGCGAUGAAUGCGGAAAAUUAUGGACAAAAAAGUACUUUGAGCUGUUGUGAUUUGCCCUGGUUAACGCUAGAAUUCGUGUCAACAAUCUAGCCAACUUCAUAGCCUCCCUCGACAGUCUGCACUAGCUGUAGCUAGCUAAAUGUAUUUUUCCUGGGAGUGUUAAGCUUUCAUAUAUACAGUCAUUGGUUAAGAUAGCUAGCUAUUAAUUAAGUAAUUUAGCUCAAUCGAUGUUAGUUUUUAUCUAUCUAACUAGGUAACUAGCUAUAAGAUAGCAACUCACCAGAAGACAUCCCAAAGAUUAGUAUGAGAUAAGUCUUCAUCCCUUCUCAAGAUGUUUGCAGAGCUCAACAGUAUUCUCAAUACCAGUCCCGACAGCUUCAAGCAGGGAGAGUUUAUCUUGGUGUCUGACAGACAGACAGACGCGUCCUUCCUCAUUCACCAUUUCCUCUCCCUUUAUUUACGAGCGGGCUGUAAGGUGUGUUUCCUGGGUCUUGUGCAGUCCUUCAGUCACUACAGUGCAAUCAGUCAACGUUUGGGUGUGAGUUUGACCCAGGCUAGGGAGAAAGGGCAGCUGGUGUUCUUAGAGGGACUGAAGGAAUCCUUGGGGGUACUGCUUCAGAGGGAGGCCAGUAAAGGAACCCGAGCAGUGGACUUCCUCAGAGAUCCCAGUUCUGGCCUGCGGAGUCUAUAUGACUUUGUGCGGGACAAUGUAAGGGGGGCUGUGGGGGGAGGUGGUGGUGAGGAGUGGGGUCCCCCUGUGCUCCUGGUGGAUGACCUCAGUGUGGUCCUGAGUCUGGGGGUCAGUGUUGGAGCGGCGCUGGACUUCAGUCAUUACUGCAGAGCCACUGUCUGCUCCGAGCUGCAGGGCAGCAUGGUGAUGUUAGUGCGAUGUGAGGCGGAAGAGGAGGAGGAGGAGAGUGAUGACGAUGGCUCAGAGCGGCUCCUGAGGGGCCUUACACACCAGUGCAGCCUCACACUCCAAGUACAGGGUCUCCCCACCGGCUACUGCAGGGACAUCCACGGACAAGUGGAAGUGUGCUGGCGAGGACAAUGUGACAGGCAGCAGACCCAGAAGAAACUCUUCCAGUACAAGGUCCACGACAAGGGGGCUUACUUUUUCGCCAGGGGGACGUCCAGUGCAGUCCUUUAACCCCUCAAUGGAUCCCUUCUGCCUCCCUUCUCAGUGUCGACCCCCAGUCCCUUACCUCUUUCAGUCACAUGGCUCCCUGGGCUCAACCAUAGAGAAUGAUAGAGGCCUGUAGUGGCCAAAAGGCUGUAUUAGCAUGGGCAGCUAUUGGGCUUCCACCAUU